AUGGCUGCACACUCCUCGAGUGUGCUUGCGUCAGCCGGUGGCUCUUACGUGUCCCAAUCCGGCUUGGCGAAGAUUUUGAAGGAAGUUCGUGACGGUGGUUUGCCAAAGGCAGUCUCGAGGAGCAGUGUGAAGCGUGCUCGAGACGCGGCACUCCCAAAGACCUUGUGGGCAGAAGUGCAGUUGUUGCGUGACGAUGGCACCACUUGCAAGAGUCCUGCCCUCAACCCCUGGCGGUUGUUGGAGUGGACAGUGCAACAGGCACCGCCUUGCAAGGACUUUUUGCUGCAGACUUUGGCGAAGCACCCCAAUGAUGCUGCUCACCCAUGGGGCAUUUGCAUCUACAGUGAUGAGAUCCUGCCAGGGGACGCUGCCAAUGGAGUGAACUUGGAUUUGGGGCACGGAUUCCCUCCCAUUCUUUUUGCUCGCAUUUCCACCGUGAUCGGUGACGAAGCUGCACUCAAAAGUCUACAUCCACACAGCGACCGCUUGGUGUCGCACGUUGAGCUCGACACCUCUAAACUGGCACUAGAGACAGAUGACUCCGUGCUGCAGGGCUCAGUUCGAGAAAAUGGAGAAGGUGGUUUCCUGAUGGCCCGGCUCAAAGACGCCGGCUUGAGAUGGCAGGACUUGGGCGCAUACCUCCAAACGUUUCAAUUCCCCAAGCAGCUCCGUGCCAAAGGGACCAGUGGAAGCCAGACGCUUCGGGGGUACGAUGGGGGUGACAUCAAAUGCUCGGCAUCAGAGGCCUUGAGCGUCUACCCCUGCCUUCGCCUCGUGCUGAUGCAACUAGUGCCCCCAAACGCCCCGCUGAGCACACAGGAAGCUGCGUUCAGCUUCUAUGCCCUGGCGGAUGUUCUUGACCUGCUGGUCCGAGAUAAACAAUGUGGCGGCGUGACCCCUGACCAGCUCGAGGCUGCAGUGAAGAGGCACCUUCGACUGAGAGUCGCUGCCUACGGGCCUGAAAACCAGCAGCCUAAGGUUCAUUAUGCCAUGCAUUUAGCCAAUAUGAUGAAGAUCCAGUCGGUUUUGACGUGCUGGGUUCACGAACGGAAACAUAAGGAGCUCAAGCGUUUUGCCAACGACACCCACAACGCAAAUCGCACCACUGGAUUUGAACAGUCUUUGCUCCAAAUGGCUGCGCUGUCGCAGGCUGAAUCCCUGCAAAGCUUCCAGGUCAACUCCGGAAUUUGUCUGGUUAACCCAAAGCCGGCUGAGGAGGCAGUUGCCGUGCAUGCCAGAGCUGUGGCAGGUGGAUCAGCCUUGGACGCAGUGCAGCAAGCGUCCGAUGCCAUGUUGGGGCCUGGGCGUCUGCGUGCUACUCAAGACGUGGCCCUAGCCAAAGUGCAGGGCCAGCAGCGCAUCGUCGAGGUGUGGUUCCACGUCAGCAUUGACCAGGUCCACUUCAGCGUCGUCUCACCGUGGGCACCGGCUGCAGCGCCUAAUACAUUUAAGAAGGCUGACUCGCCGAUGUUCGUGCCAACGGCGGACAUCGAGAGGUGCUGUGUUUGGCACCCGACAAAUGAUCCGGAGGUGAUCAUCGUCGCGCCCUAG